GCGUAACUAUAAUAUGUAUAUCAAAUUGUAGAUACCAAAAAUUAUUGAUUUUCGGUAUUGAUAGUGAUACUUAUUGAUAUGUUUAUUUGGAGACCUGCUUGAAAAUAACGUCUCUAAACUUUAACUAAUUUAACAGAUUGGCAGUUCUAAAAUUGGGUGAGUUACUUUGAGAACUAACGAUAAACGCUUAUGAAUAUGAUAUUUUUUACACAACUUGCUGCUAAUAAUUUAAGUUAGAUAUUAUAAAAUAUAAUAUUUCCUAAAAUAGGUAAGAUAUUUCUCUUACGGGAUGAAAGCCCUGUUGCCUCACUUGAACAGCUUAAACAAAUAUUUUUGCGAUUACAAAAUUUUGUAGACAGCCUUGCUUCACUAGUUCUUUCAUUAACAUAUUUUGGUUGAAUGUUUCAUUUAUAACUUAAGUGAUUAUACUUGAAAUGUAUUGUCGUUCAUAUUAAGCGACAAAAAAAGAGGCUUCGUUUAUAUUUCUUUUGAAAGGCAAGGUUAAAUAUCUUGCAAUUUGGGUGAGAAAGGUUAUCAUUAAAAUACACAGUCAGCUCUCUCAAACUUAAGAUUUCCUGAUAGUGAAAUCUCAAGUUGUAGAAGAGACAUCAACCUAAAAAAAAUAUAAAUAAAAUACCGACGAGUGCAUCAACAUGAAAAAAUAAAUAAAUCGAUUGUAUAUAUAUUCGCCAAUCUAUGUUAGAGGGUUUUCCAGAUUUAAAAAUGUGAAAUAUUUUUCUCUUGGAUAUUUUCACUUCAAACGUUGACCCAUUCUCAUGAUGCUUUGAUUCUCUAACAUAGAUAUUAAACAUGUCAUUUAUUUCUAAUAUGGAUGUAACUGCACAUGUUAGGUGCGAUACAAUGUCAUCAUCAUCAAAUACAGAUAAUAUUACUGACACAAAUAUGAAUUCAUCAUCAUCCGAAUCUGAAGAUCAAGGAUGUGGAGAAAUACGACGAAAUAUACCUUCUCGAAUAAGUGAAGAUUCGGGGCUUGGUGCUCUCAAUUCUUCUCUUAGCAAAAGAGCUCCAUCUUUGCAUUUAGAUAUGGGUAUAGUUUCAAGAACAAGUUCAUUUGCUGGUUCAAUGAAUACUCUUCCAACGACUCCAACUCUAGGAAGAAAAGACGGUUUUGUUUUCUUCCGAGAAAUAUCGACAGAAAACGAUUCCUUGGUGAUAAUGCUGAGUGCUGUCUAUGCGAAGCUUCUAGUUGUUAUGGGUAUAAGCUUUCCUCUUGCUGAAGUAAUAUCUCACAAGAUUCCGGCAUCAUAUUAUGAGGGUUUCUACCUCUACUUGUAUCUAGGUUGUAUAGUGUUUUUGAUUUAUGUUUAUCUGUUCCUUUUGAGGUCUGAAUCUUCUAAUAACAAAGCCCAAUCAUUUUUUAAACAAGUCAUGAAACGUGUUGGUUCAGUUGCAAAUAGUAUUGGUGGCUUGGAUCGUAUUGGAAAUGGAGGAGGUAGCAAUAAACCAAGAUUCAGCGAUGCUUCUCAUUGUGGUAGUUUCUAUUUGAGGCUAGGCGCGGUAGCUUUUGGAAUUGGUAGCAUGAUAUACUCGGGGCUUGAAUUUGGUCAAUUUUUUGAAUUAGAAACCAAUUCUCAUUGCUACAACAUAUUGUACGCAUUAACACCAAGUAGCAGAAUGGCAUUUACUUUUAUACAGUUGUAUUUCAUCUUUCUCAACUCAAGGAUGGCUAUCAGCAAAUAUCGAACAUUAGCAAGAUUUGGAUUGAUGCAUAUGAUUGCAACUAACUUGUGUGUUUGGCUACAUGUACUUGUACAAGAGACUAAGCAUGAGAUUUUAACCUUAAUUACCCCGAAUUCUACAAAUCUCAUACCAGCUUUUGUUUUAGAAGCGCAACAAACUGAAAAUAUUCAUUUAGAGCAAGACUAUAUUUCUCCAAUAGCAGAUGACUUUUCAGAAAUUGUUAAUACAACUCAUGGUGCUCAUCAACGACACAAACGAACAAUUGAUAUGCAUGGGAUUUAUAUAAGCCAUGGUUGCAGACGUCUUAAUAUUAUGGGAGAGCUUGUACAGAAUGCGAGUCCCUUCCUCUUUCCAUGUACCAUAGAAUACAGUCUCAUUUGUGCUGCUAUUCUAUAUGUAAUGUGGAAGAACAUAGGCCAAUUCCGUCAAAUUUCUACUAAUGCCGAUACUGCAAGCUUAAAUCAUGCUGUGAUUCAUGGCAGUCGUCAAAGGCAUUACUACCAAGUUGAUUGUGCCAAGGCUAAUAAAGGUUUGUUCACAGGCAUCAUGGUGCUUGUACUAUCUAUAAUAUGUCUAAUAAUAUUCUUUGUCCUUAUCAACAAACCUCAAUACAAAUAUUUAGCUAUUUUAGAAGCUCAUAUAGCUGAGUUAGCUCUUUAUCUGUUGACAACUUUAGCCGUAGUUAUUGCUCUCGUCCAAGUGAGAGAAUUGAAGUACAAUCCUCACCAAAUAAUGGAAUUAGAUAGCAUCUUGCUGGUAGUAGCCCAGAGCGGUUUAUAUCUAUUUACAAUGUUUAGUGUUAUCGGAGGACAUUUUACCAUCGAUCAGAAUACCAUUUUGGUUUUACUUACAGCGUUAGUAUGUCUUAUACAAGGCACAUUUCAAACCAUAUUUAUCCUCGAUGCUUCAAAAAGAUGUGCAGGAAACAGUGAUCAGGCACAUCGUAAACCAGGAAGAGAAAUGGUUACAUUUCUUUUAGUGUGCAAUUUUGCUAUGUGGGCAAUUAACACAUUAGAGACCAGAAGAGCUGAUUCUAACCCAGUUCAGAUGGAAUUUUAUGGCUUCUGGGCCUGGACUAUAAUUACUCACGUGACUACACCACUCACUAUAUUUUUCAGAUUUCAUUCAACUGUAUGCUUGUGUGAUAUUUGGAAACGAACUUACAAAGUCAAGUCUGAAUACAUAUAAUUUUAUGUAUAUAUUGUAUAAUUUAUUGUUUAUUUCACAUUUGUUUUUCACCAUUCACAAAAA